AAUGGAAACACUAACAACCUCCUCUUUUUCUUAGACCAUUUCAUAUCCUCACAUAUUUAACAGAAACCAACACUAUAAAUAGUUUCUCCAUUUUUUAGGAAAUACAUCUUUCAGAGCCAAGGGGCAUGUACGGUCUCUAAUAAAAAAUCCCCAAAAGCUCUCUAUCGAUUUAACUAUACAAAAACAUUUUUUUUUUUACUUUGGGAAAAAUACAUAAAAGCAUCAAAAUAUUAUGGCUAAAAAAUUAGUCAUUGGUGGCAUAGCCUCAAUUCUUGUGGUGGCUUGUGUUGUUGCAGCAUGUGUCACCAUUACCAAAAAGAAUGCGAGCGAUGGUGGUGAUGGAGCUAGCAAUGGUGGCAUUUCAACCUCUACAAAAUCUGUUCAAGCAAUGUGUCAACCUACUGACUACAAAGAAGCUUGUGAGAAGAGUCUUGCAUCAGCCAAGAACACUAGUGACCCAAAGGAACUUAUAAAAGUUGCAUUUGAAUCAACCAUAACUGACAUAAAAAAUGCCAUAAAAAAUACUGACUUGAUCAAGGAUGCAGCCAAUGAUCCUAGAACAAAAGAGGCUCUAAAUACUUGUGACGGUCUUCUUGAUGUGUCUAUUGAUGAUCUCAGAAGAUCGUUCGAUAAAGUUGGCACCUUUGAUAUUAACAAGAUCAAGGAUUAUACCGAUGAUCUAAAAACAUGGAUCAGUGCUUCGAUUACUUAUCAAGAAACUUGCUUAGAUGCUUUUCAAAACACAAGUGGUGACACUGGUGAAAAAAUGAAGAAAUUGUUAAAGACUGCAGGGGAGCUUACUAGCAAUGGCCUUGCUAUGAUUACUAGCUUUGGUGACAUGCUUACUAACAUGAACAUUCCUGGUAUUAGCCGCCGAUUAUUGGCAGAUGACUACACAUCAUUCGUUGAAGACGGUUCUCGUAGGCUUCUUCAAGUUUCAAAUACCAAGCCUAAUGCUGUGGUUGCUCUAGAUGGCAGCGGACAAUUCAAGACCAUCAAAGAAGCCCUCAAAGGUGUGCCCCCAAAGAACAUUCAACCCUAUGUCAUCUUAAUCAAGGCAGGUGAAUAUAAGGAGAUGGUCGAUAUCCCAAGAGGGGUGACAAACGUUGUGUUUAUUGGCGAAGGCCCAACCAAGACAAAGAUUACUGGCAACAAGAACUAUGCUGAUGGCACUGCCACUUUCCAUACCUCCACCGUUGCCGUGAAUGGAGAUGGUUUCGUAGCAAAGGAUAUCGGGUUUGAAAACACAGCUGGAGCAAUGAAGCACCAAGCCGUUGCACUCCGUGUAUCAGCAGACAAGACAGUUUUCUACAACUGCAACAUUGAUGGAUACCAAGACACGCUAUACACACAUUCCUACAGACAAUUCUACAAAGAUUGUUCCAUCUCAGGAACCAUUGACUUCAUCUUUGGCGAUGCAUCUGCCGUGUUCCAAAACUGUAAGAUGAUUGUAAGGAAACCAGGUGCAAACCAAGCUUGUAUGGUCACUGCCCAAGGAAGAAAAGACCAUCGUGGGGUCGGUGCAAUCAUUUUGAGGAACUGUGAAAUCAGCGCUGAGCCAGCAUUCAUUAACACCCAGCCACCAAUCAAAGCCUAUCUUGGACGACCAUGGAAGGAGUAUUCCAGGACAAUUAUAAUGCAAAGUCAGAUAGACGCGUUCAUUGAUCCUGAAGGAUGGGCUCCAUGGAAUGGUAACUUUGCUCUAAACACUCUGUAUUAUGCAGAGUAUCAGAACAGGGGACCAGGAGCAAAUACUGACAGAAGGGUUAAAUGGGCUGGUUAUAAGAAAAGCAUUUCACCACAGGAAGCUGAAAAAUAUGCUCCUAAUAUCUUCAUUGAUCAAGAUAGCUGGAUUAAGAAGACUGGCAUUUCCUAUUGAUGAAUCUGUAACAACUUUAAUUAUAAAUCUUAUCUUCUACUGAUUAAAAAAUAAAAAUAACUAUCCAACUUAUGUUUAUUUAGUUGCUUUUCUAGCUAUGUCAUGUAAUACUUAAUUAGUUUUAGUUUAUUCAUAUUUUAUGUCUUAGCUUAUGCAAA